CAAUACACAGAGGAGCUGCUGACGCGCCGCGUUUCCCGUUAAAAUCCGCCCUCCGCACGAACGAGGAAACGCGCUCGGCUCGCGCGGAUCCAGGCUCUCGGACAUCUUUAUUGGACUUUAUAGCGGCCCAGUGUCCAGUUUGCGAGUGUCCAGAGACGCAGAGCGAGUAGCUGUGCGGUACAGCUCACGGCUAAGUGUUCCAGCCAGGUGCCGGGAGGGAGCGGAGCGAAGGCGGGAGCCGUCGGACUCAGUGGGCGUCGGCAAAGCGAAAGUAAAAAAAGUACAGCAAAGCUGCUCUUCAUCUCGCGCUUCUUUGAUCGUGGUUUGAGAUGGACUUGGUGAAAACUGGAAAAUGAGAGAGAAUGGAUAGAUAUCGGGAAGGAAGAAGAAAAGCAUGGAUAAAUGUCGGCCUUUCUCUUUUGAUAUUUUGGGCCUUGUGUGUUCACACACACGCCUCCCCACAACGUGCUGAUGCAAACAGGACCAUUGACCAACCUGAGACCUGCAGGACGGAUGAGUACAGGAGUAGAAAAGGACACUGCUGUAACAAGUGUUUCCCAGGUUUUAAGCUUGUAAAGGAGUGUGAGCACAAAGACCACAGGAGCACCUGUGAAGAAUGCCCCAAAGAUGAGUUCAUGGAGAACAGCAACAAGUUUGAGAAAUGCUUUCGGUGCAAGAUAUGUAAAUCUGAAAACUAUGAAAAGGAGCUGUUUCCCUGCACAACCAAACAGAACCGUGAAUGUGGGUGUGUUGAUGGCUACUUCAAGAGGAAGAUCUCUAUAGAAACAUCGCAGUGUAUAAAGUGCAGGAUCUGUGGAGAUGGAAUGGUUGAGCUGAGAAAAUGUAUGCCGGACAGUGACACAGAGUGCAAGUGUAAAGAUGACCACUAUCAACAUUACAAUGGUGAUUGUAGGCCAUGCAAAAUAUGUGGCGAUGGAGAGAACUGCAAAGAGCACUGCAACAGGACGAUUCAAAUGCCGACGCAGAAGCCCCACCCGGGAGACUUCAAGAUGCCCCUCAUCGUGCUCGCAGUCAUUUUUCCAGCAUGUGGCGCUGGAAUAUUUGCCUUGGUUUACAUUUUGUACAAGAGAAAUCCAAGAAGCAAGAUGACUUCUGGCAUUCCAGAAUCUCCGAGCUCAAGCACGACCGAGAGUUUAAUGAGCUCUGACCAUCAAGAUCUGAAAUCCUGCUUCAGACAAGAGUGCUCCCCAAGUUUUGGCAAAGAUGAGGUCUUCACCCUGCAGGGUGCACUUCCUGACUGCGUCCCGCAUGAAUUCAACACUUCUCAGUUCAUCUACUUCCUGCUGGACCACGUCCCCUUGGAUCGCUUCAAGGAGCUGGUCCGCUGCCUCAGCGUGUCGGACAGGGACAUCGAGAGGGCAGAGAGAGACAACCACACCGUCAAGGAGGCCCAGUAUCAGAUGCUGAGGAUGUGGAGUGAGAGCGGUAGCGGGGGCAAGCCUGGGGCCCUGUCUUACUCCCACCUUCUGGUGAUGGUGCAGACGCUGAGGGAAAUGGGACUGGCGGGUUGUGCCGAGGCCAUUGAGGGCAAGUAUGGCAUUCAGCAGGCGUAAAAAAAAAAAAAAAAAAAAGUGCUGUCACAUACAAAGGUUAACAUGCACUCUGAGUAGGUCUGUCAUUUGAUCCAAACAUAUAGAUUUGAGUAUUUCAAAGAAGAAAUAUGUAUGUAUUUAAGUAUAUUUGAAUAUUAUAAAACACAGGUGGCUCCCUAUCUUCGUAAACUUAAGUUCAUUUAGGUUGCGUCAUUCAUUUUAAACUCUGGUCCAAUCUGAGUUUUUUUUUUUUUUUAAAAGUCGUGCGACAUUUCAAAGUUGUAGGAGCAAAACAACGAAUGCCAUUAUGUAUUUGUCCACAGAGGCAGUUUGUCGUAAAAUACUUU